AUGGGCUUGUGUGACGGAUUGUCCCGCUGCAAACUGGCCCUGGCCUUCGCCGUGCUCUUGGAUGUACUGGGGGCCGCCGCCCUGCUGGUGGGAGUAUUUGCCCCUCUGGAGGUGAAAGGUCGAGACUUCGGCGAUAUGCUCGUCUACAGCGGUGCUCUGUUGGUGCUGAUGUCGCUGGCCGGCUGGGUUUUGUGGUACAGCGGCAACAUUGAAGGCCUGACGUCCAAAAAGGAGCUGGGACACGUCGGCAGCGCCGUGGACCGUCUGGCACGCAACCUCAGUCGCAAGAUCCUCACGUACAGGAUCCACCGCUGA